UCGGACAUCUUCGGAUAAGUCUGAAUCAUCCGGAAAAGGUAGUCAGUUCUUGUCCACGCCUGGCUACUAGUACCACCACCGACCAAGGCUGAACAUCAUAUGCCAUUUUCUUCAAAGCCCAUCAAUCCGUCACCGCUCCAUUCAAGGUUGAAGCGAAAUCCUGCACUGUUCGGUGUUCCCUUUCUUCUCAUCAUAAUUGGCGCCUCGUUUGGUCUUCAGACUUUCACACAAACUCGAUAUGACCUACAGGACCAGAAAGUCAAGCAGAUGAGCAACGAGCAAGCUCUAGGUCUUGAUCGCAAGAAGAAAAAGUUUGACAUUAGGGAGGAAUACUAUAAACUAAGUGCUGCUGGGGAGCAAGACUGGGAACCAAAAAGAAUUGCAAGACCCAAUGACUUCCCAGAAUCGGGUGUUCCCCCCACUGAGCCUCCAGUCAAGCCUUGAUAUGUCUCAGAAUGCCGGCUGUGAAUCGGUACCUUCUUAGCCACUCAGUGUUCCGUGCUCCAGGCCAUUUUCGUUCCGACUUGUAUGAUAGGCGAUACCUCAGUUCUCGUAGCAGUGGAAAUCCGGGAUAUCACCUACUGCUGGACAUCAACUCUCCUGCAUAUGAUGAAACGCAGAUCAAGGGUGGUUUUUUUUUGCACCUCCAUUUUAUUGCGAACAUAAGUACUACCAUCUGACGUGC